CAGUGGAGUUUCCAUUUUUUUUUGUUUGCCUGGAAGAGUCUCUCCAAGAGAGAUUACAUGCCAGAUCAGACAUCCUCAACAAAAUCUAAGUCUUGAACUACAAUGUUCCAGUGAGGACUUGACUGGUUUUUCUUCCUUGGAUACUGAAGCUGAAAAGGAGAGGCAGGCAUUGUUAUUGAAGAGGUUGUUUUUUCUUGUACAAUAUGGACAAGAAAACAUCAUUGUUUCGGCAAAGCAAAGCCCAGCAACAAAGGCUGCAUCCCUCUGGAGAAUCAAGCAGCAGCUCUCCAGAUUCUUUGAUGGAAGAAUUUGGGUAUCUGCAGAGUGGCAGAAAGCAUACACCUCCAAAGGACUUUGUCUGUCCCAUUACUGGUCACAUAUUCAGUGAUCCAGUGACUCUUGAAACAGGCCAGACUUAUGAAAGAAAAGCAAUCCAAGAAUGGCUUGACAGGGGGAACUCCACUUGCCCAAUCACGCGACAGAGCCUGCAUACUACUCGACUACCCAAGACGAAUUAUGUGCUCAAACGCCUCGUUGCAAGCUGGCAAGAAAAGAAUCCAAGUUCAGCUGUAUCCAGCUCUGAUGACAAUGAUAAACCAGAAAGUGUGCCAAACUUCCAGGGAAUUAGGUGUUUAGGUUUUCGUAGCAAUAAGACGAUUGACACCUCUGCUAACGAUAUCCAUCUUGCUGUCACCUGUCUUUGUACAUCAGAGAUUCUGAAGGAAUCUGAACUGGCAGUCCUCCAGAUUGAGAAAUUCUGGCAGGAAGGUAAUUCAGGAGCAGAAAGUCUAGCAAUGCUCUCUAAACCUCCAGUAAUUAAUGGUUUUGUGGAGAUCCUUUUUAGUUCUGUUGAUCCAUAUGUCUUAAAGGCCACAGUUUUUCUCCUUGCCGAGUUAGGGUCAAGGGAUAAGAGUGUUAUCCAGACUCUUACCAGAGUCGAUUCUGAUGUGGAAUGCAUCAUUGCUCUAUUCAAGAAAGGUUUACUGGAGGCUGUUGUAGUGAUCUAUCUGUUAAUGCCCUUUCCCGAGAAUUGUUUAGAUAUAAAUGUGUUGGAUUCUCUUUUAGCAGUUCUUGACAGCAAAGAGGAGGAUCUGAUCAAAAUGUGUGUAAACCCGAAAACAGCUUCAGUUUUGCUCCUAGGACAGAUUCUUAGGACGUCGAGAGAGGAAAAAACCUCUGAAAUUGCUAAGAUGGUGGUUUCAGGAAAAGCGGUCGAGGCUAUUGUUGGCAGCUUGGAAGGUGAAUCGACAGAAGAACGAAUAUCGAGUGUGGUGAUCUUAUCGAGAUGUAUGCAGGUGGAGGGUGAGUGCAGGAAUGCAAUUGCAGAUAAAGCUGAAUUAGCCCCGAUUUUAGAGAGUUUCGUGGAGGCAAAUGAUGGGGAAAAGUUUGAGAUUGUUAGCUUCCUAUCUGAGCUGGUUAAAUUGAACAGAAGGACUUUUAAUGAGCAGAUCUUGCACAUCAUUAAGAACGAAGGCUCUUACAGUUCGAUGCACAGCCUUCUCGUGUAUCUGCACAAUGCUCUCCCUCACCAAUGUCCUAUCAUUUCUGGCUUACUACUCCAGCUUGACCUGCUGGUGGAGCCAAGGAAGAUGAGUAUAUAUAGGGAAGAAGCCAUUGAAAAUUUAGUCUCAUGUCUCAGAAGUUCGGAUUCGCCUACUGCUCAAAUAGUUGCUGCCAAGACAAUUUUGUCCCUCCGAGGAAGAUUUUCAUACUCCGGGGAACCCCUUACCCGAUCUUUCCUUCUCAAACUUGCAGGAAUUGAGAAAAGUAAUAAAUCUCUGGUACAAAAUGAUCAUCAUCACAGAAAUCCUUCUAGUGAUAAUCCAUGUAAAAUGGAAGAGGAAAAAGCAGCCGAGGAAUGGGAAAGAAAGAUGGCAUUUGUUUUAGUCAGCCAUGAAUGUGGUUUGCUGUUUGAGGCUUUAGCAGAAAGCUUAAACACUAAAUGUGCAGAUCUAUUUUCAGCGUGUUUCGUGUCAGCGACUUGGCUGGUAUACAUGCUCAGCAUCUUUCCUGACACGGGUGUAAGAAAAGCGGCAAGAGUAAGCCUUCUUCAGCAGUUUGUGUCAAUAUUUCAGUCCUCAAAAGACACCGAAGAUAAAGCUCUUUCCUUGCUAGCACUGAGCAGCUUCACCCAUGAUCCCGAAGGGGUGCAUGAUCUAACUGUCCAUACGAAAGAUAUCCUGCAAGGUUUAAGAGAACUCGAGGAAUCCUCGAGUUUGGCAGUUGAGAUACUAAAGACUGUCUCAGGAGGGCAAGAAUCUAGUUAUGAGCUAUGGAAUCGAAAAGAAAUUGUCCGAGAAGAUUGCAGUGCUAAUGGAGAAGUUCUAUCUAUAGUCUGCUCUGGAAGCAAAGUCUUAUCCGGCCAUUCAGAUGGAACAAUAAAGGCAUGGACUCUAAAAGGCGGGGUUCUGCAUCUUGUCCAAGAAACUCGAGAACAUGCCAAGGCAGUUACAAGUUUAGCAAUUUUACAGUCAGCAGAAAAGUUUUACAGUGGCUCCCUUGAUAGGACUGUGAGGGUUUGGUCAAUCUGCAACGAGGGGAUACGGUGUGAACAAGUUCAUGAAAUUAAGGAUCAAGUUAACAACCUCGUAGUUUCAGAAAGCCUCUCGUGCUUCAUUCCACAAGGAGCUGGCAUCAAGGUGCAUUCGUGGGGUGGAGAGUUCAAAUUGCUAAACCAAGCAAAACACGCGAGAUGCUUGGCUCUUGCCAAAUCGAAACUGUAUUGUGGUUGUCAGGAUAACAGCAUUCAGGAAAUUGAUAUGAACACGGGAACAAUUUUCUCGAUCCAAAGUGGCUCUCGAAAAUUAUUGGGAAAAGCUAGUCCUGUCAAUGCACUGCAGCUCCAUGAUGGCCUGUUAUACUCUGCUGGUUCUUCUUUAGAUGGAUCAUCUGUCAAGAUAUGGGACACUUCGAGUCACUCGAUGAUAGCAUCACUGCCCUCGACAAUGGAAGUUCGGGCAAUGGCAGUGAGUUCAAAGUCGGUUUUUUUGGGUGGCAAGGGAGGGGUUGUGGAAGUGUGGUGCAAAAAGAAGUAUAUUAGAGCGGGAGCGUUGCAAAGCGGUAGCACCGCCAAAGUUGUCUGCUUGAGCCUUGACAGAAAUGAUGAAGAAGAGAUUUUGGUGGUUGGGACAUCUGAUGGGAAGAUUCAGGUGUGGGGAUUGAGCUGAGAGAAAGUAGAGUGGUUUUUUUAGACUUCAGUGUAUGAUGCAGAUUCAAGAAAUAGAAAAAGAGCAGAAAUAAGCAUAUAACCAUGAUGAUCCAAACAGUGUAAGAAUAUGUCACUGUCAUAAUGGUUGGAUUAUUGGUUUUGGAGUGCCCACAGGCCGGCUUGAAGCUGUCAUGUUCUGUUGGGGUUUAGAUGUUUUUUUAAUUUUUAUCAUCAAUUUGUGACCAAACCAAAGGUUUGGCUCAAGUGGUUGCUGUUUUGUGGAAGAAAAACCACUUAGCUUUGCCACAAUGGACCGGCCGUGUUUAUAUAAUGUAUAUUUUGACAAAUUCAGUUUGAAGACCAUUCUUAAA